CAAUGGAAACUAAUAAGCCAUUAGUCUGAGUAAUAGGAGCUGGGCCAACUGGAUUAGUCUGAUUAAAAUAUCUCAGAGAAAUUGCAGAUCUGAAAUGUUAUGAACUCAAGUCUGAAAUUGGUGGGCUCUGGGUGUACAAAGACACUACUGAUGAUGACCAUAAAGAAGAUGACAAAUUCUAUGAGUUAUAUGGAACAGUUCAUGAGUCUAUAUACAAAGAUCUGACUACUAUUAUUCCCAUUCAUUUCUUUGCUUUUAAAGAUUUCCCUCCAAAGAAAAAGGAGAGGACUCAUUUCACUCAUGAAGAGGUUUUAGAAUAUUUACAAGACUAUUCUGCCAAUUUUGACUUAGAAAGAUUCAUAGAGUUUGAAACCCAAGUGAUCGAAGUUACUAAAACAACAGAUGGACCUAAAGACUGGACAGUCAAGAUCAAGAAUAAUGGAGAAACUAAAGAAGAGCAUUUUGAUUAUGUCAUUGUGUGCAAUGGUCAUAACUCAGUUCCAUAUUUUCCGACAGAAGGAGUAGAAGGACUAGAUCAAUUCAAAGGAAAAAUUCUUCAUGCUCAUAACUUUAGAAAGCCAGAUACAGAAGAUUUUGUUGAUAAAAAUGUUCUACUCGUUGGUUUGAAAUAUAGCGGAAUGGAUAUCCUUUACCAGCUUCUUGAGUCAAACAAUAUCCGGGCUAUUAUCAAUGGUGAAGAGCCUAACUACACCAUUGAUGAAUCAGGAAUUGGAGCUAAGAAAAUUAUUCUAUCUGCAUCAACAGCUCAUGAUCUUUCUCAAUCUGACGAUUUCAAGAAGUAUGCCGACAAAGGUAUCAUUGUUCCAAAGUCAGGAUCUAAGCUAGAGUUCACAGAAGAUGGAGUAAUCUUUGAAGAUGGAUCAGAAGAAAAAAUUGAUACUAUCUUAUUCUCCACUGGAUACAAAUUCAGCUUUCCAUUCAUCAAAGAUCCAAGUCUUGUUGAAUAUGAAUGAGAUGGAAGAUAUUUUGGACCAUUAUAUCAGAGAAUUUUCUCAAUCAAUCAUCCAUCUCUGAUAUUCGUGGGUCAGCCUGACAGCAAUGCAUUCAAUCAAAUCUUGAUGGAGAGACAAGUCAUGUUCAUGAAAUCUUUUAUUGAAGGCAAUCUCACUCUUCCAAGCAAGGAAGAAAUGAUGGAACAUCUUGAAAAAGACAAAAAGCAUGUAGAAGAAAAUUAUGGGUUGAGAAAUUUCUAUAAAGCUCCAUUCCAAUAUACCUCAGGAUAUAUAAAAGAGUUGAAAGAAAUCUUGAAGUCCCAAGAUAUUGAACCUAAUGAGGAUAACAAGGAACAUCUGAAGACUUUGUUUAAGAUGCUGCCUAUUUUCAAAGAGACUUUGACCUCUCAUAAUUUCAUUACCUUCCAAAGAUAUGACUACAAGUCUCUGAUUCCCGAAGACCACAAGUUUGAUAGUUCAGAGUAUUUCUAA